GUCAGUCAGGAUUGAGCCAAACACUCUAGAGCAGAGCCGCCAGUUGAACCAGUUGAUCAGCUGAAAAUAUAAUAUUAAGGUUAACUUGAUGUGAGGUCUAUGUAAUUUAUUAAUUUGGAGAAAUCCAUUAAGUUUACAGAUAGCUGUCACUAUCUUAGAGAUUGAUGGGAAGCCACAGUAAGAAGCACAAGAAGAGCAGACAUCGGUCUGGUUCCAGGAGCCCUAGUAGCAAUGCACCAAGACACCGGAAGUCUCAUCGGAGGUCGAGAUCUCGAUCAGUCAGUAGAAGUAGCAGUGAUUCUAUACGCACCGACAGAAGAAACAAAUCCAAGAAACAUUAUCGAUCUCGCUCUGGAUCUAGACAUCGCAGUAGAAGCAGGUCCCCAUUGGAUCGCUACAGUAGGAGGAGAUCACGUAGUAGAUCAAGAGGCAGAGAUUACCAGUCUAGUAAAUAUUACAGGAGAUCGAGAUCACGUAGUGUCAGUAGAUCACGUAGAAGAUCUCGCACACGCUCAAGAACUCCAAGUAGAAGCCGGAGAAGAACUCGCUCAAAAAGUUCGUCUUUAGAGCGCUCGUCAAAAUGUUCCAGCCGCUCACGAAGUGAGACCACAGAGAAAGUCAAGGUAACAGCUGAAACAGUUAAAGAGAAGAUGCAGAGAGCUAUUGAAGCAGCAGCCUCAGCAAAUGACAAACUGAAAGAGAAAGGACUUUUCCAUGAAAGCAAAUCUGAACUUGCAAGUAUUGUGGAUGAGAGACUGAAGCAGCAAGCCAUUGCAGAAAUCGAGGAGGAUUCUUUCAGACCAAACACCUUCCUGUCGGGACAAAGCAAGUCAAAAGGCUCGACCAAGAUAAACAAAGAACAGAAUCAUGAUAAUGCUAUAUUUGGCAGUGCUGCUGUCACAGUACAAGGACUUAAUGGACCAGCAUACAAGAGGAAUCAAACUAUAUUUUAUAAAACUGUCAACCGAGGGGAGCUAGCUAGUUCGCUGUUAGCCAAGUCAUCUGAGGACAAGAUGGAAGCAUGGAUUGAGAAACUACAAAGGAUGAGGACAGAAAAGAUUCAAGCAAAUCCAGAAUACUUCAAGAAACUUCUGAAUAUUGGUUCCAAGUCAGAUAUCUGAUAUAAUAAAAGCAAACCAGGAAAAAUACCAAAUACUUCAACCAGAAAACUUCUGAUAAUCGGUUCAAAGUCAGGUAUCUGAUUUAAAGACACUGGACACUAUUGGUAAUUGUCAAAAACCAGUCUUCUUAUCUCAAAAUAUGCACACAAAAACGA